UGCAGGAGGUUUUGGGAGCAGAGAGGAGGAUGAUGGGUUGACCUUUUGGAAACAUCUCAUCUACAAUAACCUGGAGAACAUGGAAGGCAGAAAGGUCCUCCAUUUUGAGCCAUCUGAGGAUCCGUCCACCGGGAGGUCCAAGAACGGAUAUGUUUUCCAGGAGAUGGAGCUGAAGGACGGCGAGCUGGAGGAUUCACCUUCACACAAAGAUCACAUCUAUGACAACCAGACCCAGAUCAGUGCUUCAGAUCCUGACUUCCCUGGGUUUGGGCUUUUGAACACAACAAGAAAAUAUGUGAAGCCGAUGAACUUCCAGGAGGAAGUGCGGGCCCACAGAGACCUGGACAGCUUCCUGGCCCAGGCCAGCAUCCUCCUGGACGAGAAGGCUUCCACGCUGGACGAAGUCCUGAGGAGAAUGUUAGCUCAUGUGGCGGAAGACGGCCACGAGAGCUGCGACCCCGACGAAGUCAUGAACUCGUUGUUCACGGACGCAGGAGGGAAGGAGUUUAAUGUUCACCUCCUGUCAGAGACCAUUCAGGGUGUGACCGCUACGUCCACUGGUGUUCGCUACCAGCAGUCCUGGCUUUGUAUUCUCUCCAAUGUGAGGAGCCUGCAGAGGCGCCACGUCUGCAUCGCCCGGCUGGAGAGGCCUCAGAACUGGGGAUCGAACUGCUGCGAGGCCCGCUACGUCAUCCUCAUCCUGGCCCCGCCCCGAACCAAAAGCACCAAGACGGCCAUCGAACUCGGCCGAACAUUCGCCUCGAUGUUCUCUGAUAUUUCCUUCAGACAGAAGCUUCUGGAGGCUCAGACUCAGGAGGAGUUCAAACAAGAGCUGGUCUACCAGCGGCAGCAGCUCGCCAUCGUCACGGAGAAGCCGGUCGUAGAGGAAGUAGAAGACUCAGAUCCACGAAGGGGAAAACCACUUAAGGUGAAAGAAUUUUUUAAAGCUGGAAAAGGUGUUUAUGAUGACCUCCGUCGUCGACUCCCGCUCUACCCCUCAGACUUCACAGACGGUAUAACUGGGAAGGACCGCUGUCUGCUGAAAUACACGACCACGGCCAUCUUCCUCUACAUCGCCAUCUUACUGCCAGCGAUCGCCUUCGGCUCGUUGAAUGACGAGAGCACAAGAGGAGAGAUAGAUGUUCAGAAGACCAUUGUUGGCCAAAGCAUUGGAGGAGUGAUCUACUCUUUGUUUGCUGGUUCUCCUCUGGUCAUUCCUCUGACCACUGCUCCACUGGCCAUCUUCAUCAGUGUGAUCCGGGGAAUCUGCGACGACUACGACCUCGACUUUGAUGCUUUCUACGCCUGCAUCGGCUUGUGGAACAGCCUGUUCCUCAUCCUGGGAGGCCUGUUCAAUGUCAGCCUGUUUAUGAAACUCUUCAAACGCUCAACAGAAGAAGUCAUUGCAUUGUUCAUCUCCAUAGCAUUCGUCGGGGAUGCAGUAAAAGGCACCGUCAAAAUUUUUCAACACUACUACCACGCGCCCACGCUGGCGACCUCAAACAGCACGUUGGUGCUUCAGCAGAUCAGUGAGAUUCUGGAGAAGAUGAACAACCAGACGGCCAACGUGACGGGAGGACACGCGUCAGUCUUUCUGCCCGAGUCUCUGGUGCUGACGACCAGAGAAAGACCCGUCCUCUGUCUGCUGCUGAUGUUGGGCACUCUGUGGCUCGGCUACGCCCUCUACCUCAUCAAGAGGAGCCCGUACCUGAACGCCAAAAUCAGAGAGGUGGUGUCUGACUGCGCUCUGCCGAUCUCCGUGGUGAUAUUCUCCUUCAUCGGCUCCUACCUGUUCCUCGACAUACAGCUUCCUCUGUUCAAUGUCCACAAUGGCCCCAUCUUUAACUUCCCUCCGUUUGACAAGCUGUCAGGACUGAACACGCUGAGUGCCGUCGGGCUGGGCUUCCUCCUGGCGCUGCUCAUCUUCAUCGACCAGAACAUCGUCAUCUCGCUCACACACGUACCAGAACACAAGCUGCUAAAAGGCACGGCGUUCCACUGGGACCUGAUGCUGACCGGCUUCAUCAACAUCCUCAUGUCGUGCCUCGGGCUGCCGUGGAUGCACGCCGCCUUCCCACAUUCCUCGCUGCACGCCCGUCAGCUGGCCAAAGUGGAGCAGCACGUAGAGAACGGACACCUCUACACCACAAUAGUGAGUGUGAAGGAGACUCGUCUGACCUCGCUGGCUGCCAACAUCCUGAUCGGCCUGUCGGCCUUCAUGCUGCCCAUUCCUCUGCAGUGGAUCCCCAAACCCGUCCUCUACGGCCUCUUCCUCUACAUCGCCGCCACUUCUCUGGAUGGGAACCAGAUGGUGGACCGCAUGGCCCUGCUGCUGAAGGAACAGACCUCCUACCCUCCCACUCACUACAUCCGCCGCGUGCCUCAGAGGAAAGUCCAUUACUUCACGGCGGUGCAGAUGAUCCAGCUGAUCAUCCUGUGUGCCUUUGGGAUGUAUCCUCUGCCCUACAUGAAGAUGGUGUUCCCCCUCCUCAUGAUCCUGCUGGUUCCUGUCAGGACCAGCCUGCUUCCCCGAGUCAUCGAAGCCAAAUAUCUGGACAUCAUGGACGCUCAGCACAUGUAGAGCAACAGAGAGCACAUAAUGAAGGGAAACAGACUCAGAACUCAAUGGUUGAAAUGCUUUUGGACUAUAUUUUGGACGUGAACACUCUGCUCUUCACCCGCCGACCCCUCAGGAGCUCUCCGUCAUGCAUUUACCACCAAUGCAUCACUUUAAUAUCUAACAUUCCUGCAUCUUUAUUGUAUUCAACAAUAUAGUCAUGAAGGAGUUUCUUCACACAGCUGGAGUUUAUGUCAGACACUUUUUGUGAUAUUUAAAAAAAUGUUAAUUUCAUUUAAUUUCAGCAUGAUGUUGUUGUAAUAGAGAGCUGCCUGGUCUGUGUCUGACUGGCUUCAGUGUUUUUACACAUAUUUUAAAAUCACUUAGCCAAGUGAGGAGGAAUUCCUCGCAGUUAAAAGAUGCAGAGUGAAGCGUCGCCUCACACUGAUAAAGCUGAAAUCAUAAAGUAUCAUAACAUACUGUACGUGUUCCAGAUGUGAAAAAACAUCUGUUUUCUUCCUGAAGAGACACAAAACAUUAUAAAGUAUUUUAGUAAACAGGUAAUUUGUUCUGUGCAUUGUAAUGUUUGGAUGAAAUCAAGCUGUUGUUACACAAUUAAACACUUAAAAGGAA